UGCAAAGCUUUUUCGUCUCUCGCGCAGGUGUUUUGUUGCUGUACCAAAAGUGACGUGACCAUGGCAAUGGAGAAUUCCAACCCAUGGCCAUCAUCAACAUGCAGUGAGUUGAGUGUGGUAUAUGUUCGCACGCGGUGAGAUGAGUAUGUGAGCAAGAUGAUACGCGAUGCCGUUUUAGAACAAAACCACUCGGUAUCGAUUCGGAUGAGGUAUGAUAAGAACGAAUCACAUACCAAACGAAGCCAGCAUUCGACUGUAUGCCUUCGUUCAGUUCGGUUUAGCAAAGCAGCAAAAGCAUCGUACCAAAAAACCAGCAGAAAGUUUCUCGUUUCGCGGGCAAGUGUAGUUGCGGGAUAUUUCUAUCCCGAAACGAUUCAUCCAAGCAACCGGUUCGCCAAAAGUCUAUCGAAAGCGGUUUGCGAGCGCGUGUGCGACAUUCGCUACCAAACGGUCAACCGGUGUGCACGUGCUUUGUGUUCGUGUAUCGGAUCGCUUUCAAAACGGGUCCACCUUGUGGAACUCGGUUUUUCUGUUUCAACUGACCUAUCCCCUAUCUGUCUGCCCGUCUGUCUGUGCUAUUAAACCGUCUUUAUUGUGCUGUGUGUGUGUUCACGAGCGGUCUCACUCUUAUGGUUUGCUUGCAAUAAAGUUGCAAUCGUCGGCCACUUGUCAAAGCAACGUGCAACGCACUUUCGCUGGAUGUGUUUGUUCUUUUAAUACUAUUUACUACAGUAAACAGUCAGAGCUUUCAAUUCCAAAGUGAAAAUACACACACUGUAGUUCUCGAAGUGACAAAUAGUGAAGUGUUUAGAUGAGUAUCAUCACUGGUGCUAGUGAACAAAAUUGGUUGUGUUUUUUUUAAAUUUUUUAAUAAAGUUUAGUUAAAGUGAAUGCGUGACUGUUGCUUAAGUUUUAUUGUCGCUAUUGUUACUCAAUUUAAAAAAAAGUUGAAAAUAAAAAACGCACACACACACACUUUCACGACCUUGCUAACCGAACAGCGAUAGUGGUGUAUUGUGGAUGAGCAUUGUCUACCGUUCAGUACGAUCGCUGUACAAGCACUCUGGGGCCGAUUAUUCCUCUUUACGCACUCAUCAUCUAAACCACCGACAGCCACUCGACUAGUGGACGGUUACGGCUGAUAAGCACAAUAUCGGAAUCGAAUGAUUCCGCAACAAUUUCCCGUCAGCUGAGCGCGUACUUCGAUCCCUCGCCAUCCGCUCUUCGCAAGGCUGCUGAUACUGAUUAGGGCGCGACUAUUGCAACCCGCCCUCGGGGGAAGGGGUUCAAGUACUGGGCCCUUCGUACGUACCAGCCGUGAUCGUACGAACGUGCGGAAGUUAAGCGUGUGGUUUUGCAGUGUGCGUGUGUUUAAAGGGCUACUUAGGCCACGCGAUCGUAAGGUUAAAGGCACGCAAAGAAAAACAAAUAAACAAAGGCCCACCGUUUUUGCAGGUAGUGACCUGUGGUUCACCCGUGUGACUGCCGUUGGUUUGGUUGUGUGUGGCGAUAUUGGUGACAAUUCCAGCGAUUCUUAAAAUACAUCGAAUCAUCCUCUUCAGCAUUCGCUUCGCUACAAGUCAUCGUUACCCCACCCUUGAAAAUCCCCGUGAACCACCGAAACAGCAAAUCCAUUAGCGUACGUGCGCCAUUCUCUCCUGGGUCAUCUUGGGGAAAAUGCAACGAGCGCUUUCCAUCGAAUCGAAACCACUACAUCGCCCGGAGUGCACUUUCCCAAAAUAGAUUUUGCUCUACCUUUCGCUACCGUGUGAUGCCGAGCGCAUUACCAGGAUUAGCAUACGCCGUACAACGCUUAUGCUCUUAAGCGAACGCUCACACGGCUCGAACGUACAACAAAUGCUCACCUAACGAGGUGUAGAAACUGCAUCAAACGGGGCAAACAAAUCAAUAGGUUUGUUUCAUUAUUAAUAAGCCGGGUUUUUCGUAAGCGUAGGCUUCCCUUCGCACGCCGGUUGCUGUAUGGGCUGUAAGUUGAAUGUGGAGCGAUCGCACACGUAUCACCAGAAGCGAAAAUAUCAAGAGGCGUGAAAAUUAUAUCCCCACACCGGGUAUGGAUCGAUAAGGCUGAGAAAGAUAUUGAUUUGCAGGAGACAUUUAUAGCCAAUGAAUGAGUCCGUUGAUAUAGGGGGCGGAAAAAUAGCAAACGGAAUCGCACGAGUUCAAAUGAAAAGCGUUACAACUGUCGCCUGAAGCGCUGCGCAAUAUAAAAGCACACUCUUUACAAAACGUCCCACUGCACGUUGAAUGUGGGACGAAGAGGAAGAGUGAACAUUUUUAUAACGAAAUGUAACAUGACAAUAAAUCCAGUACCUUACUACUACUUUUAAUAUUGCUCUUGCAAACUCUUUACUGCGGGAAGCGGCUUCCCAACACCGCAACGAGUGUGCCGCGAUCACGAACUGGCAGUUUAUAAAACAAGCUCAACGAACGCAGCGUAUGGCGUACAGUUAAACUUAUCCACCAAAAGCGGAGAGGAGACGAAAAAAAAACGUACCAAAGUUCAGCGAAAGCUUAGCGGAAGAAAAAAAGUUUUGAUAAGUAGAAAAGUCAUCACCAUCGUGAUUGUACACCGACCAUCCACAUCGAAAUGGAUCUGAAGCAUUCCAAUGUGCCGGAAGUGACGGUCGUAGCAGAUGCGUACAUGCCCGGCAGCAAGUCGUCGGAUUUGAUCAAACCACCGGCAACGAAUGGAUCGAAUGCGACACUCGACAAACCAGCCCUGCCAGCAGGUGAGUUCCGGGUGUACAAACGGCGCUGGAUAGUGCUGGCCAUCUUCGUGAUGUAUUCCGCCUCGAAUGCACUGCAGUGGAUCCAGUACAGUAUCAUCGCAAAUAUCGUACAGCGAUAUUACAACAUCACCAGCACCUGGGUCGACUGGACGUCGAUGAUUUUCAUGAUCCUGUACAUUCCGCUCAUCUUUCCGGCCAGCUGGAUUUUGGAUAAAUUGGGACUUCGAAUUGCUGCCAUUAGCGGUGUGCUGGGUACGUGCCUCGGUGCAUGGGUCAAGUGUUUCUCCAUCAGCCCGGACCUGUUCUGGGUGGGCUUUGUGGGCCAGUCAAUUGUGGCCGCCUCACAGGUGUUCAUCCUAUCGCUUCCGGCCAAGGUAGCGGCUGUCUGGUUCGGACCGGAUCAAGUCUCAUCGGCUUGCAGUAUCGGUGUGUUCGGUAAUCAGCUUGGUAUAGCGGUCGGGUUUCUUGUGCCACCGAUGCUGGUGGAAAACCAUGACGACAUCAGCCUCAUCGGUGAUGACCUACGGCUGAUGUUUUACAUUGUGGCCGGCGUCACGACCGUGCUCGUCGUGCUAGUGCUGUUCUUCUUUAAGGCAGCACCACCGACACCACCGUCCGCUGCACAGGAAGCCACGAAAACGCCCAACCCGCUGCAAUCGUCACCGUUCCUGCAUUCGAUCAAGCGGCUCAUGCUCAACCGGAACUACGUGCUGCUGCUUAUCUCGUACGGCAUGAAUGUGGGUGUGUUCUACGCCAUCUCCACGCUUCUUAAUCAGAUUGUCCUAACACACUAUCCCGGACACGAGGUUGAUGCUGGGCGUAUCGGUGUGUGUAUCGUGUUUGCUGGUAUGCUUGGCUCCGUCGCCUGCGGUAUCGUGCUUGAUAAGACACAUCGAUUUAAAGAAACAACACUGGCCGUGUACAUUUUUACCAUGAUUGGUAUGUGGAUCUACACCUUCACCCUUUCGGUCGGUCACAUUGCUGUGGUUUACGUUACCUCCUCUCUGUUGGGCUUCUUCAUGACCGGUUACCUUCCGGUUGGGUUCGAGUUUGCGGCCGAACUGACGUACCCGGAACCGGAAGGUACUUCCACGGGGCUGCUUAAUGCGGCGGCCCAGGUGUUCGGUAUCACCUUCACCAUGCUCUACUCGGAGCUGCUCAACACGAACGGUGACAUCGUGGCGAACGUAACGAUGGCUGUGAUGCUGCUUGCCGGUUCCGUCGUAACCGCCGUCAUACGGUCCGAUUUGAGACGUCAGGCUGCGCAAAACCCCAACCCGUAAGCUGAAGGCCCUCGGAACAACCCAACGCUAAGAUAAGUGAAACAGUUAAAGAAUAGGUUAGGGUUCUUGUUUUUUUUGGGACGGUGAAAGAUGACUCUUUGUUAGGGUUCUGUUUAUUGAAUUUCCCUUUUUUGUUAAAAUUGUUUUAAAUUGUUUACGUAAUUUUAUAUUUUACCCAUUUUCGAUAUAAAAUUGUUUCAUAUUAAAGUCUAACGUUCGAAUCGUAUUGAAGAACAGAAACAUGAUUUAACUAAUCAACCGGAAUCCGUGCGCGUGGUGGGUCAUUAAAGAGCAAAAACCAAUCACCCGUAAAAGAACAACUUGUCGUACAAGUUGUCGUACAACUUGUUCGGUAUAAUUCCGCUUGAACGGGUGUGCAGUGUAAAACAGUGACUGAAACCGGGUAGAAACUUUGGUAGCCCAAAGUAGCUUAACAACUACGCAAAAGCUGAGCGAUCCAUCGCGGUAAAAAAGUCUUUAACUGCUUCUUGUUUUCCGGUCAUUUAAAACCUUCCACCGUUCAUGAUGGGAUACAAAUCCAAUGGAAUCCUUUUGUUUUUAUUAAUAAGCACAACUAAUGCGUAACGAACAAAAGCUUCCCGUUGGUGCAACUUACCAAAGUGUAGCUAAUUUUCCAAACAACUGGACGGUUCAGCACCAUCUACCAAGCGUCAAUUAGAAGGUCAAGCUUUUCCUAUUUUUCUUUCUUUUUAAAUAUCGUUUCAACUUCCCUUCCUAGCGAUGGGUUGAAUUUUGAACUUUUCUCCUUUCAUUUCCUUUCUUUGUACUUCCGAAUGACCAAAAAUUUCCGCUUCACUCUCAUGAAAUGCCACAGGCAUCCAGGGCUUUGGCCUUUUUCCACUUCCAAAAGGACGUUCCCGGUCGUUACACUUUUACUCUUUUUGAAGGAUUUUGUAAUGGAAGUUUUCUCCUCAAACCCACCCCGAUAAGGAUACCGCAUUUGGGGAUUUGCUUCUCAUUUUCCAAGCCAUUCAAGUAGCAUGAUUUGGGACUGCCAUUUUUCGUUGCUGAUAGGGUGUCUUUCACUAGUGAUACUAACAUCUGUUUAUUUUUAUAUUCCGGUGGCCAUCCUGUUUCAUUUUAUUGCAUCUACAAAUCUUAUCCUUCCUGCUGGGAAUAGCUAACCUUGAAAAGCUAUUUUUAAGGGUGGGAAAUAAAAAAGGAAAUCCUACUGCAAAGUAGGAAAUCAUUUUAUAGCACUCCGGUCGAGGCUUUUGAUUGCGGGAAAAAUUAGUUCGCAAACGAGAUAGCUGAAGCGUUUCAUUUACGAUGUUUUCUAUGGAACGAGAUUAAUUUAUGCUGUAAUAAAUAUUUUUCUCUUAACAUCAUGACGGAUUUUAUAAAAAAAAGUAAUAUCAAAAAAGCACCAACUAACGAUUUUGGAACUUCAUUUCAAUUUUAGGAUCAUAUUUUUGUAACAAAAUUCGUCACAAUUACAUACUGUUUGAAAACGAAAAUUCCUUAACAUAAAUGCGAUAUUAAAAAAAAGUAAAAUGAGCCUUCUUCAAUACGAUUCGAUUGUGGCGCAUGAACACGUUUUGAACGGGCAAAGAAUUUCUCUCCACUAUUCAGAAAAUUGAACCAAUCAUUCUUUGUCCCAGCCUAACUCCACAAGAACGAUACAAUGCAAUGCCUCUUUCAUAAUCCUUCCUACAGGAUUUAGCACGGAACACAGCACAAUCUUACACAAUGCGAUCGUGUCGAACCGAAACCAUCCCUUCUCAGUGGGAAAAAUUUCCCCAUAGCAACAGGAUUUAAUAUCAUUAAGGGGUUUUUUGGCCAUGAAUAGCGUUCGAUACCGGCAAGCAGUGUAAGUGUGACACAAAUUGAAUUUCUUCCAAACGGCCUACUUCCAUGGUUCGUUGCGUUGAAGUAACCCUUCCAGCUGCUUGAUAGUGGGGUUUGGUCUGGCUCGUACAAUGUUCUGCACUUCAACUCCAAACUGUGCCAUGGAAACGAUAAUUAACAAGUCAAUUCAAACACUCUGCGCUCCAUUCGGAUAAGAUGGUCGCUACAAGUUUCUGCUAAGUCAGGCGUGUACUAUUUGCCAGCCGAAUGCAAUACCUCUGCUGACCAGGGCAGAAGUGUCGAGCGAUUGGGAAAAUGAGAGUGUAAUUAAUUUUCCUUACCAUUUACUUGUGAGGAACGGGUUUUCCUGCAGAAAUCGAUUUGUUUCGGGUGGUUUAUUUUAAUAGGCUAGAGUUGGCUCAAAUCAUUCUUUAGUGUCAGUAGAAUGAAGUAAAGAGGUUUGCAUGAAAUCGACAUUUUUUUAAUAGAAUUUAUGAUUUAUAAUGUGUUUUUAAAUUUUCUCGUUUACUAAAAAUUAUUUUAAACCCGAAAAAGAAUAAGAAAAGGACGAUAAGGAAAUUAAUAAUUAACAACUAUCGGUAGAACGAUUUUCAUGUAACAGCACAAUAAAAAGGGGUAUGCUUAGCGACCCCUGUAGACGGGCUGCCGAUCGGUAUUAGGGUGUAUACAUGUAGAAUAAAUGUUCCAAAAACUUCUUAACAGUAGCAAUAGUUGACAGCGUCAGCUUGCAGAUUGGACAUUACAAUAUGGAACAAUUUGAUCUGUAGAGUGCACGUGCAAUAACACAUACUCCCAUUAAACGGCUGUCACGCAUACGAACAAACACACCCAACAUCCGCAGAAGCGUAUUUAUACCCUCGCGAUGUAAAACGGUAGUAUUAGCUGUGAUAACAAACAAAAAAUAAAUAAAACAAAAACAAACUGCAACCUGUUGAUGAAUGUUGAUCGUAUAAAAAAAACUUAGAAAUAGUGUAGGAAGCUAGUGAAACCAAGUAAAACCAAACCGAAAGACAUUACCAGUAGAACUGUGGACAAUAAAUUUAUUACAGUCGUGUUGGAUAUUUAACAAGGCAUCUAAUGGAAAGCUCGUUUGCUGCUCGAUUGUUGCCGAUGUAAAAUGAAUUAGAGAAAAAGACAAAAAAAAUAAUACAAAAAAAUGUAUGCAUGUUAUAUUAACAAUUUGUUUAGAAUUAGUGCCACGAGGAAAAAAUGCUUCGGAUAGUAGAGAACUAAAACUGGAAAGACUAGAAUUGAAUGAUAAUAAACACGAUUGGGAAAUAUGUGUAAGCGAUGUUAGCUAAUUGAAGUAGCUUCAUUUCCUAUCCGGUCCCUUGCGUGUAUUAUGGUUGUCGAUGUGGGGUUAAGCACAGGAAUACAAAAAAAAACAAACAUUCACUCCACCACAAACCACAAAAACCAAAACAUACCCAAUGACAAUACACAUCUAAUACCUAAAAACGUGCAAACACCCACAGAUUUUAUCGUAGAAUAGUUAUUUAGAAGAGAAGAAAUAUAAAGCAAAACGUUGUUAAAUGCUUACAAAAAAAAUGUUAGCUGUUAGGUCGAAGUAUUCGCAAGCAAGAUAAUAAAAUGCCAACAAUAACAUAAAAUAUAAAAAAAAAACAGAAGUAUUUCACAAACAUUUAGUGUAGGAUAUUUAUACGUGUGUGAGUGUUUUUGUUUUGUUUUAGAUAAAUUGCACUUGUUAAGGAAUGGCUAGUAAAAAAUGGUGACAAGCAAAGAGAACAAUUUUCCAACUACUGUGGAGCAGUAGUUUUUCCCUUUUUGACGUUCCUGCCAUAUUUUGUACUGAUUGUAAGCAAAUCGCGGAAAGGUUUAUGCAUGGCAGAAGAAAGCUACCAACAAAUAAUCCAAAGAAAUGCUCCGAGCAAGGUUAACAUGUGUGUUUUUUGCGUUGUGCUAGGUGCCAAAUAAUAGAACAUGAUAAAAAAAUGAAGAGAAAAAAACAUAAAAAACAACAUGUUACUAGUUUUAUAUUGUGAGUAAAGUAGAUGUAGAUAAUAAAAUAAACAUUGGAAAAUGGUAAACAGUUUUUAAAAAGUGCACCAAAGUAUGUUGCAAGUAAAAAUGUGACAAGAAGAAGCGAAAACAAAGGAACGAAAAGAUACAUUUUAGAGAGAUAGAAAAAUAGACUAGCAAAACACUGGAAGGUAAAGACAAUAAAAGCAAAGCAGUAAACGAAAGAAAGACAACGUGUUGUGGAAGAAUCCUACCGUCAGUAUUAUAUGAAAGGUGAAGUGGAAAACGGAAACAAAAGAAAAAUGAAAAAUGUUUGAAACCAUUCACUAACUGCUUCUAGCUGUCCCAGUCUCAGUAACGGCAUAACAGUAGUUUAAGCAUGACAAAAUAACAAAUCUAUUCCCAUACGCGUACGAAAACAGCUACUAACUAUAUCUGCACUUCAUUUUAGAAAUAUAAUAAACCAUUUGUAGAAGUCUAAAAUGGCAGUGCAAUGCUAAUAAAAAAGCGGGCAAUUUAUUCGAUGUCAAACAUAGCUGGUCCAGAAAUGUGAAUCAACAACUACAUGAAAAAUCAAUAGAAACCACAAAAAACAUGAAAUAAAACGAGGCAUGAAGAAAAUGGAGAAUAAAUAUUUAGCUUGUUUAGACGCUACCAAACUAGGUUCCAUAAGUUCCAACCAUUUUCGGAUUUAGAGCGGUGUCUCUCUUUUACUAUUGAAACCUUGUAACGUACAGUGUGUGCUAAAAAUAAAAUCAUCAUCAUGAUAACAAUUUAUCAAUCCUUAACCUUA